GUGUUGUGGGCGCACACAGCCUCGCGGAACACUACCCGUACGUACUCGUAGCAGUCAUCCGGCGUGUAUCUUCGAGGCAUGGUUUCCGUUGUAAAGUACCGGUAAACAAUGCAUAUACGGUCCCGCUGCUGCGCUCGCCGUCAAGGCAUCUACUAUCGCACGACUGCAUGUCCGGCACUUGGCUUCGCGAUGUGGUGCCAUCGCUUGACGCGUCGCUCAACACUCUCAGAGACGACCCUUGGUGUGCGCGCUACCUUGUCCCUCGCACAACCCCGAGUCACGACCACUAACGACCCUCGCCUGAUGCACCGGCCACGCCUCACGAGCGCAUUUAGACCUAUCUGUAUACUAGCACUGCGAUUGCAUGGAAUACGUAACUCAUUUCAGCAUUC